AUGAUAGACAACGCAUCGAUCUAUGAUCGACCAAUUGCAAGUUCUGACCUAACUACGAUGAAACGAGCAGAUGGGCGUGGCCAACGGAGCCUCCGAACCGAGGAUAACAAUGAUGAGAGUGGGUGCAGCGGACAACGAGAGCACGAGUCUCCGACGAGCCAAGAGUCGCCAAUACCGACAUCGAACGACGACGAAGCUACGACAGCAGCAGCCAUGACGAACGAGCGAUCACGAACGCAACGACGAUCCAGACGAAUUUUUCUAUCAUCACAUUCUUCCUCUUCAACAACUUCAUCCUCAUCAUUUUAUUCACUAUUAAAAUUAUCAUCAUUUUCAUGGCGACACAUAUACUAUGCGGUUUUCUUGAUAUGUUGGAUAGUAAGUGGCGUCGUGGCGGCGCCAACAGACCGAAAUGAACGUCAGCCAACAGUUGAGAUUCUUGAUGGAUAUGUCAAUUAUUCAAUAAAUGGGAGCUCGGCAGUUCCAACCUUUCAAGAAAUCUCACGAAACGCGUUCCUUCAACUAAAAGGAACACCAGUAGAGUCCCGCUUUCGACUCGGAGCAGCCUAUCAGCUGGAGAGUCAUGAAGAAGAACAAGCGAACCAUGUGAAUCAUGUGGACCAUAAAUCCCAUAUGGAUCAUCUAACCCGACAUCAUCGUAAGAAGAAUCGAAAACCGGUUGGCAAGUUGAAGAAAAUUGGAAAAGACGAAAAUGGAGAAACUGUAUUAGAAGGGCGGAAACAUGCCCUUCUUCAACUUGCCGAUCCCGAUGCAUUGAUUAUGAAUCAACGGUGUGACGGUCAGAAGUUCAAACAAAGAAUCCGAGUUGACGGAUGUUUAACGAAGGUUGUGGUCAAUAGACUCUGCCACGGCACAUGCGCCAGUAUCUUCAUACCCAGAUUGCACUCAAAAAAGCUGAAAGCAGCAUUCCAUAGUUGUGCGGCAUGUGCUCCUGCCGAGUACGACUUUGUUGAUAUAACUCUAGACUGUCCUGGCAGGACACCGCCCACUGCAACCAAGACGAUUGUGAAGGUGAAAAGUUGCAAGUGCAAAGAAGUGAGGAUAGACAAAUAUUCAGAAUAA